AUGGCGCCGCUCACAGGUGCAUCAAUGUUGGCCGCAUUUAGCUUUGCGACGGGCCCCCCUUUCCUCCGGACAAAGCCUUUGACAGGCGUUGUAAGAUCACGGUGUAUAAUCAAAUGCACUGCUGAGAAACGCGCCAUUGUCGUAGGCGCUGGUGUCGCAGGUUUAUCCGCAGCUCACGCGUUGGGAAAAGCUGGCGUUCCCGUCACUUUGCUUGAGGCAUCUGACGCCGUUGGCGGACGUGUGCGUACAGACGUCGUCGACGGCUUUGUCCUCGACCGUGGUUUCCAGGUUUUUAUCGAGGCCUACCCCGAGUGCCGUCAGCAGCUUCAUUAUGACCAGUUGAAUCUCCAGCCAUUUCUACCAGGGGCGACUAUUCGUCUUCAAGGAGCGUUCCAUACCAUCUCGGAUCCGUUUCGAGCUCCUUUGUUAGCUUUAUCCGGCGUAUUCGCGCCAGUUGGUUCGCUUGUCGACAAGCUACGUGUUGCUUUGCUCCGCACAGAACUUCUGGCCACAUCUGUGUCUGAUAUUCUCGACCCAAACGCACCACACAUAUCUACUGCCGACUAUUUGACCAAAAAGGGCUUUUCACAAGAGUUUGUGCAAGCCUUUUUUCGUCCAUUUUAUCGAGGAAUCUUUCUCUUUCCACUCGCAGACCAGUCGGCUAAGAUGCUCAGGUUUGUGUUCCGGAUGUUCUCCGAAGCUCCAGCCUCACUCCCGGCGAGUGGAAUUGGUGCAGUCGCGGAACAGAUGAGAGAAACGUUACCAGACAACGUGGAUAUACACCUCAACACACCAGUGCUGAGCGUUGACAGCGGAAGCGUACAAACAACGAAGGAAGAACACAGCUCUCCAAUUAUCAUUGUGGCAGUCGAGGGCCCCGCUGCUGAACGACUGCUUGGUGCUCAGAUUCCGACGGCCCGCUCUGGUGGCAGUAUAUGCAUGUACUUCAGUUCGGAAACUCCGCCGCCAAUCGAGCGUCCAAUCCUGGUUCUCAAUGGGGACGGGGACAAAGAUGGCCCGGUUAACAACAUGUUUGUGCCUUCGCAAGUUGCACCAAGUUACGCACCGGCAGGCAAAACUCUUAUUUCAACAACGAUAGUGGAGGACAAACUCAAUCGGAACGAUAAUGAGUUGGAAGUGGCAGUUCGCCAACAAAUGAAGAAAUGGUUUGGUGCGGAGGUGGACGAUUGGUCGCUGCUCAAAGUUUACAGAAUUGCGAAUGCGUUACCCGCACAAUCUCCUGAUUUUUGCUUUGACCAAGAUACGUCAUUGGGAGGGGGCGUUUACGUCUGUGGAGAUCACCGAAACUCACCGACUUUGCAUGGCGCUAUGCUAUCGGGAAGGCUGGCCGCUGAGAAGGCGCUCAGCGAUGCUCAAGUGGCAAGUGGAUAG